UACUGGGACUUCACGAUGCUUCUCUUCAUGGUGGGCAACCUCAUCAUCAUCCCGGUGGGCAUCACCUUCUUUAAGGAGGAGACCACGGCCCCCUGGAUCGUCUUCAACGUGGUCUCUGACACGUUCUUCCUCAUGGACCUGGUGCUGAACUUCCGCACAGGGAUAAUCAUCGAGGACAACACGGAUAUCAUCCUGGACCCGGAGAGGAUUAAGAAGAAGUACCUGAAGACCUGGUUCGUGGUGGAUUUUGUCUCCUCCAUCCCUGUGGAUUAUAUUUUUCUCAUCGUGGAGAAGGGCAUCGAUUCGGAGGUGUACAAAACGGCCCGGGCCCUCCGCAUCGUCCGCUUCACCAAGAUCCUCAGCCUGUUGCGUCUGCUGCGCCUUUCCCGGCUCAUCCGCUACAUCCACCAGUGGGAAGAGAUCUUCCACAUGACCUACGACCUGGCCAGCGCGGUGAUGAGGAUCAUUAACCUCAUCGGCAUGAUGCUGCUGCUGUGUCACUGGGACGGCUGCCUCCAGUUCCUCGUGCCCAUGCUCCAGGACUUCCCCAGCAACUGCUGGGUCUCCAUCAACGGCAUGGUGUACAAGCAAGUGGAGCAGUACAUGUCCUUCCACAAGCUGCCCGCCGACUUCCGGCAGAAGCUCCACGACUACUACGAACACCGCUACCAGGGCAAGAUGUUCGACGAGGACAGCAUCCUGGGCGAGCUGAACGAGCCCCUGCGGGAGGAGAUUGUGAACUUCAAUUGCCGCAAGCUGGUGGCCUCCAUGCCCCUCUUCGCCAACGCGGACCCCAACUUCGUCACGGCCAUGCUCACCAAGCUGAAGUUCGAGGUCUUCCAGCCGGGCGACUACAUCAUCCGCGAAGGCACCAUCGGCAAGAAGAUGUACUUCAUCCAGCACGGCGUGGUGAGCGUCCUCACCAAGGGCAACAAGGAGAUGAAGCUCUCGGAUGGCUCCUACUUCGGAGAAAUCUGUUUGCUGACGAGGGGCCGCCGCACGGCCAGCGUCCGGGCCGACACCUACUGCCGCCUCUACUCGCUCUCGGUGGAUAACUUCAACGAAGUGCUGGAGGAGCACCCCAUGAUGAGACGGGCCUUCGAGACCGUCGCCAUCGACCGCCUCGACCGCAUAGGGAAGAAGAAUUCCAUCCUGCUGCACAAGGUCCAGCACGACCUGAACUCCGGGGUCUUCAACAACCAGGAGAACGAGAUCAUCCAGGAGAUCGUCAAGUACGACCGGGAGAUGGUGCAGCAGGCGGAGUUGCGGCACCACACGGCCAUCUACGCGCCCGUCCAGCCCCAGGUGACCUCGGCCAUCGCCACCUUGCAGCAGGCCGUGGCCAUGAGCUUCUGCCCCCAGAUGGCCAGCCCCCUGGUGAGCUCCGUGGCCCUCGGUUCGCCCAGGAUGAUGCGGCGCCUGCAGUACGCCCAGGGCGUCCCUGGCCCCUUCUCCGUCUCCCCGGUGCUGCUCCAGCAGCAGCAGAACAUGCAGCUGCAGCAGCAGCAGCCGCCCCGGCCCACCUCCGCCGGCACCUUCGCCUCGGUGGUGUCCAGCCCUCCGACCCAAAGCCCCCGAGCCAGCCGGACGUUCCCUUACGCCGCCCAGGGUCAGUCGGGCUCCCAGCUGUCCCUGACUCAGCAGACGGCUCCUGGCUCGCCCCAGCGGCUGGCCGUCCACAAAAGCACACAGGCCCUGCACACGAGCAGCCUGAGCGAGGAGUCGAGGCCUUUGUCAGCCUCGCAGCCCUCCCUGCCUCACGGGAUCUCGCAGACCAUGACCCAGAGCCCUCCGCCCUCGGCCCACGAGUCCAGCACCUCCGUCGCCGGGGUCCAGGCUUCGGCCUCCCCUGGCUCGGGCCCCCAGGCCGGGCUCAGAGGGGUGGUGCCGCCCCGCGUGGCCCUGUCCCACCAGAUGUCCACGGGCUCUGUCUACGCGGGGGCAGCCGGCAGCCAGCAGGACUCGAGCGGCGCCCGGAAAGAUUCGGUGGUCAGUGCCCCCGACACGGACCCAGCCAAAUCCAGGCUCUCUUCCAACUUGUGACCUUUGCUCCUUGCCCGCUGAUCCCGGGCAGGGGGGGUAACGGUGGGGCUGCCAAGCAGCAGCAAUUUCCACCGUCUCCACGCUCCCGCCUGCUUGUUUCCAACUGGCGAAGGCCUCACCCUGGCCCGCUCCCUAGGGGAGUGGAAAUCAAAGGGUUAAUGAGCCCCAGAGCCGACCGUGGGGGUCGCCACCACCUGACUCUAAACCUGCGGCCGGGGCUUCUGACCCAGCGGGGGCCUGCCCCCUUCUGUACAGAGCACAGCAGCCGGGCGUCGCUUCCACACGCUUUGCCCGGGGAGGCCAGGGUAGGAGGGGCGUGGACAGAGGCCCCUGCCGUUCCCUGGGCCGGGGGAGGUCCAGUCGAGCCUCCCACACGCCCCCCGAUGAAUCAUCUAUGACCAAAGUCCAGCCCCAUCGCCCGCUGCCACCGCCCGUGUGAAGAGCAUCGUCCAUCCGAACCCACUGACUGCACCAUAGAAGCCAUAACUAGUUAAUCUCUUGAUUAUGAAAUCUGUAUAUUAUAUAUAUAUAUGAAUAUAGCUGUGUGCGCAGGGCCCCCCUCGUAGGGCCGCCCAUGGGAGCCCACACGCACCGUAUGGCCAGGCGCUGCGACAGCGCAGGGCUCUGUGGAACGGGUCGCCCACCCCGGGGCCUGGCGGGAGAGG